UUUAACCAAUAUUCUUUAGUUCGAUUUUUUAACUCUCGAGUUUUAUAUUCCUUGCUUCCUGCUCCCUUAUAACUGGCAUGAGGGAUGUCCGAAAGUUUUACGUUAUUCUUAGUAUAAUAUUUUUUAAAGAUUCUAUACGUUGCUCGAUUAAAUCUACUAACGGUCUACUUUGCUAGUAUUUUUUAGUGGUCUUUCAAAGAUAAUCGAUUUAUCGUAAUGGAGUUGAAUCCAUCUUAUGAAGCAAUUGGAAAAGGAUUUGUACAGCAAUACUAUUUGCUGUUCGAUGAUCCAGCCCAAAGACCAAACUUAAUAAACAUGUAUAAUACCGAGACAUCUUUUAUGACAUUUGAAGGUUUCCAAAUUCAAGGUGCCAUUAAAAUUAUGGAAAAAUUAACUAGUCUGACGUUUCAAAAAAUCAAUCGAAUGAUAACAGCAAUUGAUUCACAGCCUAUGUUCGAUGGCGGUGUACUGAUAAAUGUUUUGGGAAGGCUGCAGACUGAUGAGGAUCAGCCCCACGCCUACAUCCAGACGUUUGUCCUGAAGCCAAUCGGCACCAGCUUUUACGUGCAGCACGACAUCUUCAGACUUGCGUUGCAUGACACGGUUUAGGCAACAGGUACCAAUCAUCCACUGAUCUCUCCAUACUUUGGUAAAGGCAAGCCUAUCUGAUGUUACAUAUUCUUUGUCAUUGCUUUGUGCUAAUACAUCUGCUUGUUUCAACAUUAGAAAGAGUGCAUGGCUGCCACCAUUUAAGCGUAAUUUUUCUCCCGCGUUAUUUAUAUUUAUUAGAAGUAUAAUUAACUCUAUAACUGACUAUAAUGUUUAAGAGUAUAAAAUAGAUGAAGAAAUUGUUAGUUACUCGAUAAAAUUUUGAUCGAUAUUGACCAAUAAAUUCUAUGUUCUGAUACAGUGUCUCGUUGUA